UUGGUUUUGAAAAGAAAAAAUUUCUGUAUAUUUUACACAAUAAUGUUAAUUAAAUCGAUGACAAAAAUUAUUUCACCCAUCAUACGUAACACUGGGAGGAUUGUUCAAAGAAAUUGCCAUGGUGUGUUCGGUAUACAGGAUUUACUGCGACAGGAGAAGCCUGAACAUUUCACGAUAACCGCAUUGACGAGCGCUGAUCAUGAAAUGGCAGUGGAAGUGUUAAAGAAGCACUACCUCAGUGAACACGUCCUAGUGCGCGCUCGAGGAAUAAACCUAAGCAAUGAUCGCGCCAUUGAAGAAUACAUAAUCAGCCUGCUUCGACAAGGUAACUCUUUAUUCGCGAAGACUGAAGAUGACCGGGUAGCAGGUAUUUGUGUAAGUUACGCCAGCAGCCCCUUGGACCCAAAGAACCUUAGGAAUUAUGCUUUUUAUCGUCAGGAUCCAAACACGAAAGACUUUUUAUACUUAACAGCAAAGCUACAAGAGACUCCAAAUUUAUGGGAGAUGUAUAAAGAACGUAAAGUAUAUGAGGUGAAAAUGGUAACUGUGAAGCCGGAGUACCGGCGCCAGGGUCUUGCUGUUAUGUUGGUAGGUAAGUCGAUGGCACAAGCCUUCGACCAGGGCUACAAAAUCGUCCGCAUGGACUGCAUCAAUCCUUACGACUACAAGGUCGCAGAAAGGUGCUUGAUGAGUUGUUUAACACGGUUCCCUCUACACAAGUUACGAGGAGCUAACGCCCCUUUUAUAAAGAAGAGUUCGGAAUACAAUCGCUACGUGCGCGUGUAUAUAGAAGCUAGGAUACAAGAGGAUAAACCUGAUAGAGUCCGGCUAAAACAACGACACGACUUUGAGAGCUUAAUUGAAUGAUGAAAACAAUUUGAUUAAUUAAUAAAAAUGGUUUAAGAGUAACGAAAUAAAAAUCAGUAUAUGAAA